AUGAACGACAACUCGACAGUCGACGCAAACUUGCAAAGGAAAUACGAUGCUGAAGCUGAAAUCCUGAACCGUCAUCACAAUUCUCAGUUUCUUACUAUCGCACGGAAUGGAAUUAAAAAACAAAUAGCAAUAGCUGACAAAAGCUCUAUCUUGGAUCAGAGUGUUCAAGAAACAGAUUUGCAAAAUGCAUUGGACUAUGCUAGAAGUGUUUACAAAUCUUCUCUCUACCUUCCCCUUGCUAGAGUAAGGGAAGCCCGUGAUAAGGCAUUUGAGUAUUUUAGAUAUAUGCCAAGAGCCGGUGCCAUAAGGGAAAAAGUUAAACAAAAUAUUCGUGACGCUUUGCAGGAGAGAUUUAAGGAUGCAUUAAAAGAAGCACAUGAGGAGGCUAUCCUGAAGGCAUCAGUGGCAUUUGAUUUUGCAACAAGGGUUGUAGGUUCUGGUGCACAAGAAUACAAAAGGUGUCUUGAGGAGUUUAUGACAAAUGAAUACGAGGCUUUUGAGGAUUCACAGUGCAGAAGGGCAAUGGAACAUGCUGCUGAUGUUUUCUAUUCUGUUCUUAACACUCAAUCACAUGUGAUGAUAGGCAUUGUUAAAGAACCAAUUGGAUCCGUUUCAGUACGUCGUUCUGCUCGCAAAGGCAAUAAUAAUCAGUUUUUAGUAGAAAACGCAUUGGACCAUGCUAAAGAUGUUUACAAGUCUUGUUUCAAACCUCCAGUAGCUGUGUUAGCAGAAGCCGGUAAUAAGGCAGUAGCUGCUUUUAGGGGUGUUGCUGUAGGGGCCGGUGGGCCGGGUUCUAUAAGGAGAAAAUAUAAACAUAUUCUUCGUGACAUCAUGCAUAAGGAAUAUAAGGUUGCAAUAGAAAAAACACAUGAGGAGGCUGCUUGAAGCGCAUUGCUAGCUUUUGAAUCUACAGCAGGGGCUGUAGGUUCUGUUGAUGAAAAAUACAAAAGGCUUCUUGAGGAUUUCAUGAGAAACGAAUACGAGGGUUUUGAAGAAUCAGAGAACAGAAGGAUCCUAGCACAUGUUCUUGAACUUCUCAAACAACCCCUGGAUAUUGAACAUGAGGAGGACAUGUUCAAAAGGCAAUAGGGCAGGUUGUACUUGUGGUAUGUAUAAAAAUUAGGGCAAAAUAUUGUAGGUGUUGCUUUUGAAAAUGUCAUCUUUGACUGGUGGCUUUGAUCUGCCAAAAUUGUGCUUCUUUCUGCCUAUCGAAUUGAAUUUCAUGAUCUACUGAUAGACGUGUUUUUGGUCAAAUUGCACAAACUAUAACGAGCUGAGCUGCAACUGGACUAUAAAUCUAGAUUGGCUAAUUAUUGACCGGGUUAUAGUGCCCUAAACAUGGGCUUAUGCUGCCUUUUCCUUUCAGCAUUUAAGUUAGUGUAGAUUUUUUUCUGCAUCUUUGGACAAACUAUAUAACUCCCUUAACUUUUAUCAUGCUUAUUCUUCUCUAUCUUUGCUACAAUUUAGGCUCUGGAGUCAACAUAAUCCGAUAAGUUAUGGCUGAGUUACAAAGCUUCAAACAUGGCUGGUCGGUCUUGUUAAAAGUUAGUUUGGUACUAAUGGGAUUUGGUACCAACAAUUUGGAUAAUUUGGUUUUCAGUAUUUACCGAUCUCUCCCCUACAACAUACAAUGAUAGUAUAUUACAUGUAUAUCUAUAAACUCAUAUAUAAACCAAAAUACUUAACUAAAUCAUAAUUAAUCGAUUUUAAAAUUAAAAACACCAUCUUUAAAUUGAUUCUAAUUAUUAAAAACUAAAUUAAUUUGUAACAUUGCAUGUUACUCUUCUCCCAAAAAUUCGAUAGAAAUCUGGAUGUAUCCAAUCGAUAACAUAGUUAGGGUCGAUAUAUUCUUUGUGAAUUCGCCCAAUAAUCUCGAUAGACCGGAUAAAUGAGAGUUCGGGUCCCAAAUUCAAAAUCUGACAUGGAGUUGCCAUCAACCAAAAUUCACUAUGACAUUGACAGGUACUUUUAAGAUUCUGGUCAUUUGAAUUCACUUAUUUGUAGCUGCAAAUCCUUAUUGUAUAACCAUCAACUACAUAUCCAUUACAUAGUUUAGAGUAGUAUAAUCACAUGCCUCUAAAAUCAAUUGUAGGAGAUGAAAUAUAUUGUUUGCCAAUCGAUUAUGAAUAUGUAAUCAUUACAUUUUGCUAAUCGAUUUUGCAGAAUUUGAAGCAUCAAAUA